GUGCCUUCGCGGAAGUUUGCAUGUGUUUGCCAAGGUAUUUGUGCUGUGGGCUGAGGUCUCAUCGGAAUCGCAAACCGGGCUGUUUCACCCGACGUGUUUAGGAGGUUAGUUUGCAAGUUGUAGGACAGCUAUGGAUUUAUCCUCGGAACCAAUAAAGAAAGUGCUUCUUAAGUACAAGUUUCGCGAUUUGGCCAUUGAGGAGCUACAGAAACUCCAAAAGGUCCACAAUGGGAUGAUGCCUAAUGUCGACACGUACACUUUUACAGACAGCUCCCAAAAAGACCUUCUGAAGCUUGUUGGAAACAUUCCGGUCAGAUAUCAAGGCCGCUCCUACAACUUGCCCAUUCUCAUAUGGCUGCUGGACUCCUUCCCCUUUACUCCGCCCAUCUGCCAACUGCGCCCCACCCCCAACAUGGUGAUCCGGGAGGGGAGACAUGUAGACGCACGGGGAAGGAUAUACCUACCUGCUCUCCACAACUGGGACCAUCCUAAGUCCUCUGUGAACAGCCUGAUUAAGGAAAUGAUCGCCAAAUUUGAGGAAGACCCCCCUCUCGCUUCAAAGCCAUCACCAAGCACCGAAGACCCAACCGAGCUCCUAGCCUUCGUGUCAAACUUGAAGAUCACUGAGGGUUUCACGCCAGAAGUCUGGCCUUCAAGCCUGUUCACUCCCAGUCUGGAACGGCAGGUCAAUAAAGUAACUGUCGUUGGUGGUGGUGACCUUGGAAUGGCCUCUGUGCUGAGUAUUUUGGCCAAGUCAAAGGACAGCAUAGACAAGCUGGUCCUUGUCGACCUCAGCGAGGCCUCUGCUAAAGGUGGGACGAUGGACUUGGAGAUGUUCCAUCUGCCAAACCUAGAGGUGUCAAAAGAUUUGGCGUCAUCGGUGGGAUCGAAGAUCGUGGUGAUGACUGCGAACGCGUGGAGCAAUGAGCAGUCCUACGUCAGUGUUGUCCAGACCAACGUAGACCUUUACCGAGGCAUCAUCCCCAGCCUGGCUCGUUUAAGCCCCAACGCAGUGAUGCUCAUUGCCUCACAGCCAGUGGACAUCAUGACCUACGUAGCAUGGAAACAGAGUGGACUCCCUCCUUCCCGAGUUAUUGGUGCCGGUUGCAAUCUGGACUCCGAGAGGCUCAACUACAUCCUCAAUGUGGAGCUGAUGGCCCAAAGCAUCGGGAAACUGGCCUUUGUUAUCGGAGAGCUGUCUGACAAUAAAGUGGCUGUUUGGACUCCUAUGGUGCCGGUGCCCAACUCCCACUCGGCACUGGUGACAUCUGACGCUACCAAACCGCUGAUAGACAGAGCGUUUGACAAGCUGAAGGAGAAGGGCCAGCGCUCAUGGUCGGUGGGGCUGUCCAUCGCAGACGUCACCCACAGCAUCCUGGAGGAUAAGGGGAAGAUCCAUUCGGUCUCCACGCUGGCUCAGGGUUGGUGUGGCAUCGGGGCCGAGGUGUUCCUCAGCCUGCCCUGUGCGCUAGGUGGCACUGGGUCGGCACGACUUGCUGGCGUGGCAUUGGGACCUGAGGAGGACACCAAGCUGAGGGAGAGUGCCAUGACACUGAGCAACUUCCUCCUGCAGCUCAGGAUCUAGCAGACUCCUUCGUCUGUCAACAUGGACAACGAUUUCCGUCGCCAAUUCAGUCCUGCAAAUGAGAUUUCCAGAGGCCUUGCACUUCCCUGUUUUAAGAGCCGCAGUGAGGCUCUGUGGUUUCAGUUGAUCUAGCAGCCUGGGUCAGAGGUUAACACCUAUGUCACACUCGGUAUGCCAUGUGACGUUCAUCCACAUGGUCCACCAAAUAUAGAUUCUGGAGUUUUUGAGUCCAGGUUAACACAUUGUUGCCUUGAUGUCUUUCAUGGGUUUUAUGUUAUAAAAUUGGGCCUCACUUGGUCAAAGACCUCAGAACAUAAAUGUAGUGUUUUUUUCAGAGGCCUGAGAAUUUGUAGGGGGUUUCAUUCCCCCAAGGUACAGGGCCCACAGUCCCUGAUCUGCAACUACACCUCAGAUUUCUGUGUAUAUGUAAUCAUUUAAAACCAUAACUGAGAAAUGUAGCAUUUCCACUAGCUACCCAUUACUUGAAUAAUCAUUAAAUGUACUGAAUAAUAAUUAAUAUCAAUAUGGCAAUAAUAAUAUAACUUUAGUCACUUAUUAGUAAAUGGGGGGGGUGUUAUAUAUUUUUUAUAUCAGUGCUGAUCAGAUUUUUUGGAUUUACUAACCACCUAAUAUUUUUGACAUGCAUUACUGGGCUGCUUUGUUGGAAACCUUGGUCUUUACACUUAAAUAUAUACAUUUACAGUAAUUUAUGUACUUUUUAUUAUGCAAUUAAAACCCACAAGAUUGUGUGUCCAUCAGUGGGGCACAGCGUGUUCUGCACGUCAUAAACCUUGUCAUGGAUUUUUGGUAACAUGCUAUUUGAUGGGGCACAAAUACUUAGUAAUGACUAAUUUUCUACUGAAGUACAAAUCAUGAACAAAUAUAGUUGCUACUUGAGAUAAAAGAUGCAUCAUGAUUCACUAAUAAUGAACAAACCUAAAAUUGUGUAACUUGUGUUACUCAUUACUUGUUCCUUCAUUAGUUCCUUCAUUAGAUGAGAAUUGGAUAUAGGAACAAAUACAGUAACUGCUUGGGAUAGAACGUGUCAUGAUUCGUUAAUGAUGAAUUAAUGUGAGAUCAGUAUGUAACUAAGACAUAAUUUGUGGUUAAUAAACACAUACGUAACAGUAUAAUACUAUAUUUGUGCACCAUCAAGUAAAGUGUUUCCGGAUUUUUGCACACUGAGAAUUGUAUGUUAGUCUUCGACGAAAACACCAAAGUUAAUUCACUGAGCUGUUUUUUAUGCUUUUUUAAGUCCAGUGUCUUUACUGAUGGAUUUGGAGUGAAUUUAGCUGUCCCUUUUAUGUGCUCUACAUUAUUUUAGGGUUAAUGGCUUGUUCAGAAGUGUUACCCUGGCUUUUAUGAAGGAAUGUUUAAUGUUGUCACGUUGUCUGUCUUUGUGGUGUGUCAUGGUGGUUCCUGUAUAUCCUGUAACCUUCACAUAUUGUUUGAUACUCGCACUGCAACAUUUAACACCUCAGAACUGGUGUUCAGAAUCUUGUAUGUUUCCACUGAACUUUGUCUGUUGUGUUUGAGCAUCAAAAUGAGAUUAAAGAAUACAAACACACAAA